GUUUCGUCAUCAUUUUAGACCUACCGAGUUUCCUUAUAGUUUUUCUUACCUACUAUCAAAAGAGAAGAGUUUGGAGACGACUUUUAAGUUACAUCCGUUAACCUAAUAAAAUACUAAUAAUAUCCCUUUGACGUAGUAAUAUAUUCAUUUUUCAUCGUGGCUGGAAUACUUUGGUCUCGAAGACCGGCUCCUACGACGGAUGCCGCCGAUGCGAUCAGCGAUUCUUCAAAUCCUUCUCGCGAUAUCAUGACCGCGCCUUCCGCCCAUCCCAAUUUAACGCCUCAAUUCUGUUUCUCGUCCGCAGCCCUUAGAGACUUCCUCCGAAUAUCUCGUAGUGCGAUAGACGACUCGAUAACCCAAAAUCUCAAUGCUCUCGUAACGCCUUCUCAGUCGGGGUUUGAUCCCUCCUCGACCUCUGUCCGGAUCCCUCAAGCUUCCAGUCAACCUAUCGAUCCACGGGCAUGUCAGGCAUUCAAGGACAAGGUCUUAUUCCCCUCCUGGCAAGCAAGGUCUGAUGUUUUGACUUACUGCGCCUACGUCGCCACCAAUCCAGAUCCAGAUGAUCCCGAAGUAGCUCUACGGGAAGCCGAGACCGAGAGGAAUCAUGAGCGGGUGGUCGACGAGAGAUUAGACCCAUAUUCCGGGCGGUAUUUCCCCCGAGAGCCUCGCACGGAAAUGCUAGCCAACCUGCUAAGGCAAGAGAGAAGCGUCGAAAAUAUUGUCCGUUCUCGAACGUGGGGUUUAGUGCGGGAGCGCUGCGGUGAUAGCUUCCAGGACGCGGAACAGGCUCUGAACAGCUGGAGAAUGGGAAGAGAGCGCCGCAGCCCGUAAUUGGAACCAAUUCAAGCAGUACGAAUCGAUGUUAUAUUAACUAGAUUAAAUAACUAUAUAAUGCUGCAUAUGCCUACGUAGGUACCUAGGUCUUUAUAAAUCUCACCACUAAAUGUAAUACUAUUUACCAUACCAGAUACAGUAUACUAACCUUUUGUUGUUUACUAUAUGAAAUAGUAAUUUCAAAACCGACUCAAUUAUCUAGAGGUAGUUUGCAUUCACAGACUUGAGAAAGCUAGAUAAUAGUUUAACUUAAUAAUAUACUUGGUGCAUAGA